AGAUCCUGGGUUCGAAUCCCAGCGGUGCCUUUUGUGUAGAAUUGGUGCGUUUGAAAUGAUGUGGGUCAUCGACUCAACAAUGUAUCCCAAAGCUUUUUAAUGCGGCGAAAUACAAUGCUAAAAAAUAGGUAAUAGCUCUACAUUGUAGGUUGCCGUUUAUGACUGAAUCGAAGGGGCGUCAACCUGCUUGACCAACGAGCUGCAUUAAAAAGGGACUGGCGUACUCAGUGGUGGGUCGGCUGGCUAUCAGGAAACAGAGGGGGACUUUGCAAAAUGGCCAACGAAGCAAAGCCAUGUCCGUGCGACAUAGGAGAUCGGAUGGAGUACGGAGGACUCGGACAGGAGAUCCAGAUUGACCACGUGAAGGCUUAUGUUGUCAAACCAGCUGUCCCUUCAGAUAAAGCGGUCGUCGUGAUUCAGGACAUCUACGGAUGGCAACUUCCCAACACCAGAUACAUGGCCGACAUGUUGUCUACCAAUGGAUACAUAGCCAUUGUACCAGAUUUCUACAUGGGUAAAGAGCCGUGGAGUCCAUCACAUGACUGGGCAACCUUUCAGGAAUGGCUGGAGGACAAAAAGCCAACCAACAUCAACAAGGAAGUCGACGUAGUGCUGAAAUACCUAAAGGGGCAGUGUGGAGCCAAAAGGCUGGCGUCUGUGGGCUUCUGUUGGGGUGGAGUGGCUGUGCAUCACAUUGCCCUGCAAUACCCCGAAGUUAAAGCUGGAGUAUCUGUCUACGGGAUCGUCCGUGAGAGAGAGGACCGAUUUCAGCUCAAGAGUCCCACCUUUUUCAUUUUUGCAGAGAAUGAUGCAGUCAUUCCACUUGAUCAGGUGACCGUCCUGGAAGAGCAUUUGAAGGAGAAGUGCACUGUCGAUUUCCAUGUUAAGAUCUACCCAGGACAGACACACGGAUUUGUGCAUCGCAAGAGAGAGGACAUCAACCCCGAUGACAAGCCGUACAUCCAGGAGGCUAGGACAGAUUUGCUGAACUGGUUGGAAAAGUAUGUUUAGAAACAUGUCUAAGGGAAACUAAAUCAAUGCAUUGCGACCAAAUUUACAAUUGAUGCAGUGUAACUUAAUGAUGUACGAGUCCAAGACCAAAUCAGACCAUAUACCAGACCAGAACAUAUAUAUGCACUUAACUGCUUGUCUUAAUGUGCCAAAUGUACUGCCUUCCUCUGAUUAAGCAAAAUUGCCUGAAACCCUGGCAGCCAAAAUCAAAUAGGCAUAAUAAAGCUAUUCAUUACAUUA